AUGUGUUCACCAUCACCAGGUAAACGUCGAAUAGAUACAGAUGUUAUUAAACUUAUUGAAUCGAAACAUCAAGUAACACUUAUGUCAGGUCUUAAUGAAUUUAUGGUCAAAUUUGCUGGUCCACGCGAAACUCCUUAUGAAGGUGGAGUAUGGAAUAUUCGAGUUGAUCUACCCGAGAAAUAUCCAUUUAAAUCGCCAUCAAUUGGCUUUAUGAAUCGAAUCUUUCAUCCAAAUAUCGACGAAAUGUCCGGUACUGUUUGUCUUGAUGUAAUCAAUCAAACAUGGACGCCAAUGUAUGAUCUUGCCAAUAUUUUUGAAUCAUUUCUUCCGCAAUUACUUGCUUAUCCAAAUCCAGUGGAUCCGUUAAAUGGUGAUGCUGCUGCUCUAUAUCUUCACAAACCUGAAGAUUAUAAGAAAAAAGUUAGAGAAUAUGUUCAACGGUUUGCUACUGCUGAUAUGGCUGAUAGUUUAUCAUCAUCCAUAAAUGGCCAAUCAUCAUUGAAUAAUAAUUCAAAUCAAACGAAUGGUUCAAAUAGUUCGAAUCAUACAAAUAAAAAUGAAUCGGACGAUGAAGUAUUGAGUGAUUUUAGUGAAGAUGAAACGGCCAAUAUGGAUUUGGAAUAG